ACCAACACAAAAUCCUGUCUCUCUCUCUCUCUCUCUCUGCACAUUUCACACAGCCAAAAUCAAAUCCCCCAUGGAGGAAGAACAAGAAGACCACUUCACAGCUCUAAAACCAUCUCCCCUGUUGUUAACAAACCUAAUCUCUUUCCUAUCAGACACCAUCUACGCCUUCUUAUUCGCUCUCUCCUUACCCUUCUUCUCUCUCCUCUCCAUGGCUUCCCACUCCAUUCGCCGAGCCCAUGACGCUGGAAUAAACCUCCGGUCGGCGGCCGCUCGAGCCCCUAUUGCCGCUGCCGGAGGCGGCGCCCGCCUGCUGCGGCGGUUGGGGCUGGGGUUUAUGGGGGCGGCGUACGUGUUGGUCCUUCUGCUGAUGCUCUUGGUCCUGGCGGCUGCUUUUGGCGUUGGGGUGGUGCGGCUAGGGGUGGAGGAGCCCCUGCAUGUGAGGGAGAGGCUUAUGUUUGAUUACACAGAUAUCAAUCCAAACGCGGUCUUAUCAUUUUCUGGGUAUGGAGGAAUGAAGAUGAGGAAUAAGAAGAUAGCUGUCCCAGUUGGGCGCACUUUCUGUGUUUCUGUGGUUCUUUUAAUGCCCGAGCCUAAUCAUAACAGGGGCCUUGGGAUGUUUCAGAUGAUGGCAGAACUCUUGUCAAAAGAUGGAAAUGUAAUAGCAAGAUCAGGCCAACCAUGCAUGCUGCGAUUUAGAAGCCUCCCAAUACGGCUCUUACGGACAUUUCUUAUGGGCAUACCUUUAUUACUAGGAAUCACAAGUGAAACCCAGAAGAUUACUGUUCAGAUACUGAAGUACAAGGAAGGUGUCCCAAGAACUGAAGCCAUCAGAAUAACAAUGAUUCCACGGGCGGGAACGUGUUCUCCUCCACAGCUAUACGACGCAGAAAUCAUCAUCAACUCUAAGCUACCUUGGAAAAAACAACUACUGAACAGUUGGAAAUGGACAUUUUAUGUGUGUGCAUCGUUGUAUGUUUACAUUAUGCUCCUUAUUUUACUUGUUUGUUGCUUCAGAUCUCUCAUCUUCCCCAUGAGAUUAGCUUACAGCCGUCAUAGUGAGCAAAGUUUUACCAAAGAAAUACCGAAGGAACCCGAACUUGUACUUGGAGAAGAAAGGGACAUUUCAGAGGCAUUGAGAAGAUGGCAACGACGUAGGACCAAGAGAAGAGCAAUUCCCUUGCACGGGAUUUCUACAGGAACUGAUGGCUCAUCUACCUCGUGCAUUAGCAUGACCAGAGAGGAUGGGAGUUCCUCCAUCGUAGAAGAAUAUGUAAGGGACUCAGAGUCGGUGUGUUUAGGAAGAUGAAUUGAUUUGGUUGUUUGUGGUGGUACAGUAUUGCAAUCUGCAUCAGUUUUUAGUGGGGAAAAUUUGGAAUCCUAUGGUAAUUUAUGCACAUGAACAUAAGACAUGUAUAUAUAUUUGGUUAUCUAGGUCUAGAUGGUUUUCUAAAAUCAUACUGAUAUGGAUGUUCUUAACCUAUAGACCACAUGCAUGUAUGGGCUUGUUUUAAGAGUUCUGGCAGUUCUCCCAGAUGCAAAUAUUUGCUGCAAAAUGAGUUGAAGCUGGCAAAAAGCAGGGUCAUGGUAUACCGAUUCUGACUUGAGUUGAUGGGGGGUAGUGAAUGAAGUUUUGUCCACUGUCGUUUUUUAGGCGUGACUGAAUCACAAUUCAAGUCAUUGCAACAAUCCCCAAAAAGAAAAGGAGCAGAAAAUAUCAAAGACUAAAAGGCAAUGAGCAUAACCAUAAAAUUUGGGUAUGCCAAAUAAUGAAGUAAAGCUCUAUGUUAGGUCUUGUGU